AUUUGGGUUUGGCCCAGACUACAUUCACCAGCGCCUUUCUUAUAAAUAUCUAAACCCACCCGAGUAUGCUAACAAUUUAACUCUGAAGCUUUGACUAAGCAACAUGCGUUCUGUAUUUGUGUUGAUGGGCUUGAUGCUGCUUGGUGCAGCGGCAGCCACCUCGCCUCUUCGUACCUACUUGCCACCCCAGGUAGACCUAGCUUCGCAGCUUGGGGGUGGUCUCAUAACCCAGCGCAGGAUUGUGCAGCAGCCGCAGGUGAUUGUGCAGCAGCCGCAGCUUAUUUCGCAGCAGCCAAGGCUUAUUUCGCAGCAGCAAAGGCUGAUUGUGCAGCAGCCACAGAUUAUUUCGCAGCAGCCACAACUGAUUGUGCAGCAGCCAAGACUUAUUUCGCGGCAGCCGCAGCUGAUUGUGCAGCAGCCAAGGAUUAUUUCGCAGCAGCCACAGAUCAUUUCGAACCUGAUUGAGCCUCAGCUGAUUUCGCGCCGACGCAUAGUGCCCCAAGUUCAGAUCCAGCAGAUCCGUCCGCAGAUUAUUGCCCAGCAACCCAUACGCGUAUUGCCCCAGGUCCAGCGUAAAAUCGUGACAUCCACUGUGUCGCUGCCGCAGCAACAGGUGGUUGUGAGCCGUCCGCAGCUGAUUGCCCCAGAGCCGAUACGCGUAUUGCCCCAGCGUCAGCGUCAAAUCGUGUCAUCCCUUGUGUUGCCGCAGAUUCAACAACAGCCGUCUCGCACAUAUCUGCCACCUCAGGACAUACUUGGCUAACUCCCAGAUACACACAAAAUAUAUUUGCAUAUAUGUUUCUAUACACAUAUAUGUAUAUCCAUCCGACGUCGGUUGGCUAACUGGUUUCGACCCGAGCCGCUAGCCAUUCUCAAAUGCUAAUUCUCACUAGAAUUCUUCUGUGAAUGCAGAAUAUAUUUCCAGUUGAUUUGCAUUUAGCCGAAAUUGUCAGAUAAUAAAGCAAGAUAAUAAUGAAAACGAAAAACAAAA